CCUUUGCUUGCUUAGGUGGAGAGUUUUCCUCCUUCGCCCCCUUUCUCUUGCUCCGUGCUGUGCGCUUAAGAGGGAGCGGCGCUGAGCGGAUUCCUCCUCCCACCCCUGCUCGGCUCGAAGAAAGCAGAAACCGCUCCUUUUAAACUUUGUGCGUCUCUGUCUGUUGGUUUGCCUUGACGGCAGCUCCGGCAUGCCGGGCCAGAUCUGAACGAGCUUCUCUUUCUCUUUUCUUGGUGCCUCAGAGGAUUUGCGGUUUGCUCUCUGGGCUAUGGCUGAAUCAGGACACCGCGAGGAAGACUCUGCAGUGGACGAGUUCAAUGAUAUUAUCAAGAGCAGAUCUGAUGAAAGGGAAGAUGUUCAAAAGAAAACAUUCACAAAAUGGGUAAAUGCACAGUUUGCAAAGUUUGGUACACAUCCUAUAGAAGACCUCUUCAAUGAUUUUUGUGAUGGACGAAGACUUUUGGAGCUCCUGGAAGGUCUUACUGGCCAAAAACUUGGAAAAGAAAAGGGUUCUACAAGAGUUCAUGCCUUGAAUAAUGUCAAUAAAGCACUACAAGUUCUGCAGAAAAACAAUGUAGAUCUGGUGAAUAUUGGAAGCACAGAUAUUGUGGAUGGAAAUCAUAAGCUAACCCUUGGAUUGAUCUGGAGUAUAAUUCUCCACUGGCAGGUCAAAAAUGUAAUGAAAAACAUCAUGGCUGGGUUGCAACAGACAAACAGCGAAAAGAUCUUGCUGAGCUGGGUCCGUCAAUCAACUCAGAACUAUCCACAGGUCAAUGUUGUUAAUUUCACCAGUAGCUGGUCUGAUGGCUUGGCUUUCAAUGCACUCAUCCAUAGUCACAGGCCAGAUCUAUUUGACUGGGAUAAUGUCGCUUGCCAACAGUCAGCCAUACAGAGAUUAGACCAUGCAUUCAACACAGCAAAACGACAUUUGGGGAUUGAGAAACUCCUUGAUCCUGAAG